CUCAGAUCUCGACGACUUCUCUCAUCCCGACCCCUCUGUGGAAUCGCCGAUAGGGUUCCGCUCCUCCAGAUCAAAAGAGGCGUCUGGAUAUCUCUUCUCCUCCUCGUCCGGGUGCCGGAACCUAGCCGAGCCUCGAUCCAGUUGCCAUGGCGGCUGCCAGCGCCCCCAUCGUGAUGCGGGAGGCCCUGACCCUUCCGAGCAUCGGGAUCAAUCCUCAGUUCAUUACGUUUACGCAUGUCACGAUGGAAUCGGACAAGUACGUAUGCGUUCGGGAGACCUCUCCCCAGAAUAGCGUGGUUAUCGUUGAUAUGAACAUGCCGAUGCAGCCUUUGAGGAGGCCGAUCACAGCAGACUCUGCUUUGAUGAAUCCCAACAGCAGGAUUCUUGCACUUAAAGCUCAAAUACCUGGAACUACUCAGGAUCACUUGCAGGUGUUCAAUAUUGAGGCAAAGACCAAAAUUAAAUCUCAUCAGAUGCCUGAGCAGGUUGUUUUUUGGAAGUGGAUCACUCCAAAGAUGUUGGGUCUGGCUACACAAACUUCAGUCUAUCAUUGGUCAAUAGAAGGUGAAGCAGAACCUCUUAAGAUGUUUGAUAGGGCUGCUAAUUUGACAAACAAUCAAAUAAUUAAUUACAGGUGUGAUCCCACUGAGAAAUGGCUAGUUCUUAUCGGAAUUGCACCUGGUGCUCCAGAGAGGCCACAACUGGUAAAAGGAAAUAUGCAGCUCUUUUCUGUGGAUCAGCAGCGUAGUCAAGCACUUGAAGCACAUGCCUCAUCCUUCGCGUCAUUUAAGGUGGCUGGGAAUGAGAACCCCUCUGUUCUUAUUUGUUUUGCCUCAAAGACAAUGAACGCUGGUCAAACGACCUCAAAGUUGCAUGUCAUUGAACUAGGAGCCCAACCAGGAAAGCCGGGUUUUACCAAGAAACAAGCAGAUUUAUUCUUCCCACCAGAUUUUGCAGAUGACUUCCCUGUGUCCAUGCAGAUCUCCCAAAAGUACAGUUUGAUAUAUGUUAUCACAAAGCUUGGUCUAUUAUUUGUGUAUGAUCUGGAAACAGCAACAGCAGUUUACAGAAACAGAAUCAGUCCAGAUCCCAUAUUUCUCACAACAGAGGCUCCAAAUGUUGGUGGCUUUUAUGCAAUAAAUAGAAAGGGCCAAGUUCUGCUGGCUACUGUCAAUGAGGCAACUCUUGUGCCUUUCGUUAGUGGCCAAUUAAACAAUCUGGAGCUUGCUGUUAACCUUGCAAAACGAGGGAACCUUCCAGGAGCUGAGAAUUUGGUUGUGCAGAGGUUCCAAGAACUAUUUUCCCAGACAAAAUACAAGGAGGCUGCAGAACUUGCUGCAGAAUCACCACAAGGUAUUCUUCGAACUCCAGAGACCGUUGCAAAGUUUCAGAGUGUUCCAGUCCAAGCUGGGCAAACACCUCCACUGUUGCAGUACUUUGGAACAUUGUUAACAAAAGGCAAGCUUAAUGCUUUUGAGUCUUUAGAAUUAUCUCGCCUUGUUGUGAACCAGAACAAGAAGAAUCUACUGGAAAAUUGGUUGGCUGAAGACAAGCUUGAGUGCAGUGAAGAGCUUGGGGAUCUUGUCAAGACUGUGGACAAUGAUCUUGCACUUAAGAUCUAUAUAAAAGCAAGGGCUACUCCGAAAGUUGUUGCUGCUUUUGCAGAACGAAGGGAGUUUGACAAGAUUCUUAUAUACUCAAAGCAGGUUGGCUACACACCGGAUUAUCUUUUCCUUCUGCAGACCAUUUUGAGGUCAGAUCCUCAGGGAGCAGUUAAUUUUGCUCUUAUGAUGUCACAAAUGGAUGGAGGCUGUCCAGUAGAUUACAAUACAAUCACUGAUCUUUUUCUUCAGAGAAAUAUGAUUCGGGAAGCAACAGCAUUCCUGUUAGAUGUCUUGAAGCCAAAUCUACCAGAGCAUGCUUUUCUUCAAACUAAGGUUUUAGAGAUUAAUUUGGUGACGUAUCCAAAUGUUGCAGAUGCUAUUUUGGCUAAUGGAAUGUUCAGUCAUUAUGAUCGACCUCGGAUUGCUCAACUAUGUGAAAAGGCUGGCCUAUAUGUCCGAGCCCUUCAGCAUUACAGUGAGUUACCUGAUAUUAAACGUGUUAUUGUGAACACUCAUGCCAUUGAGCCACAGGCACUUGUCGAGUUCUUUGGGACCCUUUCCAGGGAAUGGGCAUUGGAGUGCAUGAAAGACCUUUUACUGGUCAAUUUGAGAGGGAACCUUCAGAUAAUUGUGCAGACUGCUAAAGAAUAUUCUGAGCAGUUAGGUGUAGAUGCAUGCAUAAAACUGUUUGAGCAAUUUAAGUCCUAUGAAGGUCUUUACUUCUUCUUGGGAUUUUAUUUAAGUUCCAGUGAGGAUCCUGAUAUACACUUCAAGUACAUUGAGGCUGCAGCAAAAACUGGACAGUUAAAGGAAGUUGAACGUGUAACACGGGAAUCUAACUUCUAUGAUCCUGAAAAAACAAAGAAUUUCCUGAUGGAAGCCAAACUUCCAGAUGCAAGGCCCUUGAUCAAUGUUUGUGACCGUUUUGGUUUUGUUCCAGAUUUGACCCACUAUUUAUAUACAAACAACAUGCUUCGAUAUAUUGAAGGCUAUGUUCAAAAAGUAAAUCCAGGAAAUGCCCCUUUGGUUGUUGGGCAGCUGCUAGAUGAUGAAUGUCCUGAAGAUUUCAUUAAAGGUCUGAUUCUUUCUGUCCGUUCUCUCCUGCCAGUUGAGCCUCUUGUGGCUGAAUGUGAGAAGAGGAAUCGCCUACGACUGCUCACACAAUUUUUGGAACAUCUUGUCAGUGAGGGGAGCCAAGAUGUGCAUGUUCAUAAUGCUCUGGGAAUGAUAAUCAUAGACAGCAAUAACAAUCCAGAGCAUUUUCUAACUACUAACCCAUACUAUGAUUCACGUGUUGUUGGUAAAUAUUGUGAAAAGCGGGACCCUACUCUUGCAGUUGUUGCAUACAGACGAGGCCAGUGUGAUGAUGAACUUAUAAAUGUCACUAACAAAAACUCACUGUUCAAACUGCAAGCAAGAUAUGUCGUUGAGAGGAUGGAUGCUGAUCUGUGGGAGAAAGUUCUUCACCCCGAAAAUGAAUACAGAAGACAACUUAUUGAUCAAGUUGUUUCUACUGCGUUGCCUGAGAGCAAGAGCCCAGAGCAAGUCUCUGCUGCUGUUAAAGCCUUCAUGACAGCUGAUCUUCCACAUGAACUUAUUGAACUACUAGAGAAGAUUGUGCUACAAAAUUCUGCCUUUAGUGGGAAUUUCAAUCUGCAAAACCUACUGAUUUUGACAGCUAUUAAAGCUGAUCCGCCGAGAGUAAUGGAUUACAUUAAUAGAUUAGACAAUUUUGAUGGCCCAGCAGUUGGGGAGGUUGCAGUUGAAGCACAGCUGUAUGAGGAAGCAUUCGCCAUUUUCAAGAAAUUCAACUUAAAUGUGCAGGCUGUCAAUGUUCUCCUGGACAACAUCCAAAGCGUAGAGCGGGCUGUAGAAUUUGCCUUCCGUGUUGAGGAAGAUGCUGUGUGGAGCCAGGUUGCAAAAGCUCAGUUGCGGCAAGGGUUAGUGAGUGAUGCAAUCGAGUCCUUCAUUCGUGCAGAUGAUGAAACCCAGUUCCUCGAUGUUAUUCGAGCUGCCGAAGAUGCUAAUGUUUACCAUGACUUGGUGAAAUACUUGUUGAUGGUGAGGCAAAAGGUUAAAGAGCCAAAAGUGGACGGUGAACUGAUCUUUGCAUAUGCUAAGAUUGAUAGGCUCGGUGAAAUUGAGGAGUUCAUUCUUAUGCCAAAUGUUGCUAAUCUUCAAAACGUCGGCGACCGUUUAUUUGAUGAUGCCCUUUAUGAAGCUGCUAAGAUCAUAUUUGCUUUCAUUUCAAACUGGGCAAAAUUGGCUAUUACACUUGUUAAGCUGAAGCAAUUCCAGGGUGCUGUUGAUGCAGCUCGCAAGGCAAAUAGCUCAAAGACAUGGAAGGAAGUCUGUUUUGCUUGUGUAGAUGCUGAGGAGUUCCGUUUGGCACAAAUAUGUGGUCUGAAUGUAAUUAUUCAGGUGGAUGACUUGGAAGAGGUCAGUGACUAUUAUCAGAACAAAGGUUGCUUUAACGAGUUAAUUUCUCUCAUGGAAAGUGGCCUUGGUUUAGAACGUGCACACAUGGGCAUCUUUACAGAGUUGGGGGUCUUAUAUGCUAGAUAUAGGCCGGAGAAACUUAUGGAGCACAUUAAACUUUUCUCGACUCGUUUGAACAUUCCCAAGCUUAUCCGUGUUUGUGAUGAGCAACAACACUGGAAAGAACUAACCUAUUUGUAUAUACAAUAUGAUGAAUUUGACAAUGCUGCAACAACUAUCAUGAACCAUUCUCCAGAUGCAUGGGAUCAUAUGCAGUUUAAAGAUGUUAUUGUCAAAGUUGCAAAUGUUGAGCUCUAUUACAAGGCUGUGCAUUUCUACCUGCAAGAACAUCCUGAUCUCAUUAAUGAUGUUCUACAUGUACUUGCCCUUCGUGUGGACCACACUCGUGUUGUAGAUAUCAUGCGGAAGGCUGGUCACUUGCAUCUUGUGAAGCCAUAUAUGGUUGCAGUUCAAAGUAACAAUGUAGCUGCUGUUAAUGAAGCACUAAAUGAAAUUUAUGUUGAGGAGGAAGACUAUGAUAGAUUACGUGAAUCAGUUGACUUGCAUGAUAACUUUGAUCAGAUAGGCCUUGCACAGAGGAUUGAAAAGCAUGAGCUUCUUGAGAUGAGGAGGAUUGCAGCAUAUAUAUAUAAGAAAGCUGGAAGAUGGAAGCAGUCCAUUGCGCUGUCCAAGAAGGACAACCUGUACAAAGAUGCAAUGGAGACGUGUUCACAGUCUGGUGACCGUGAACUUUCAGAAGAACUGCUCGUUUUUUUUAUCGAACAGGGAAAGAAGGAAUGCUUUGCUUCAUGUCUUUUCAUUUGUUAUGAAUUGAUCCGUCCUGAUGUUGCCCUUGAGCUGGCUUGGAUGAACAAUAUGAUUGACUUUGCUUUCCCAUAUCUCUUGCAGUUUAUUCGAGAGUACACUAGUAAAGUUGACGAACUUGUAAAAUAUAAGAUUGAGGCACAAAAUGAAGUGAAAUCUAAAGAAAAGGAAGAGAAGGAUUUGGUUGCACAGCAGAAUAUGUAUGCACAGUUGCUGCCUCUUGCUUUACCAGCUCCAUCAAUGCCUGGUAUGGGAGGACCGAACGCAGGUGGACCUUACACGGCUCCAGCUCCAAUGGCUGGCAUGGGAAUGCCUCCAAUGCCACCAUUUGGCAUGCCUCCGAUGGGAAGCUACUGAGAAGGUUUUUUGGGUUGGCACAGCUUGUAAUGCGGGGAGAGUUUGGAUGUUUCAGUGUUUUCUGAUGGUGCAGUGGAUCAAAAGCUAUUAGAGACUCUGGUCUUCUUGGUGCUCAUGUUAAUGUUCGUCAUACUUUCAUAUUCUUUUACUAGCAGUGGCUUUGGUCACCGGAGGCCGAACUGAGGAUUUUGUAUGGUCUAACACUAUAAAGAUGGGAAGGUGGUGCCCAGGCUUGAGAUGCAGUAGCUCAUGUAUAGGUUCUCUUGAUGCCGAGUAAACCAUUCUGGGUGUGUUUAUAUCAAUCAGAUCUUGAUCAGAUUUAUUGGACAACCCAAUUAUAAAUUAUAUGUUCCGAUUGACUGUAAGUUAUGGUGUUUAAUUGACUGGAGAAUCCAGGAAUGUGUUUCCGGGCAAAGUUAGGAAAAGGAGCUCAGGAGAAGUUUGUUU